CGCUCACACGCUCACACGCGCUCUUUCUCGCAAGAGCAAGGCUCAACACGAUGAGCGAUGAUGGAGACAUGGACGUCGAUCAGCUCGGCAUCGAUGCCGAUGAGCUCGAUGUGGAGCCUGCCUCCUCCUCGUCGAUUGCCCACGCCAGGGCGGAGCAGAAGGAGCUGAUGGACAUGCUCGACGCACGAGCCAAGGCGCGCAACAUGGCCGUCCCCACAGACGACGCAAAGGUCCGCUCGCGGCUGCGAGAGCUGGGCGAACCCAUCACCUGUUUUGGGGAGCGAAGACCGGAUCGGAGAGAGAGGCUUCGCGAGGUGCUUGUCAAGAUACAGCAGAGGAGGAGGGAGGCCGGCGAAGUCGAUGAGGAUGACGAGGAUGUGAGGAGCGAGAGCGAGGAAGAGGACGACGACGACGAGCAGGAGGAAGAGUUCUUCACAGAGGGGUCUCAGGAGCUGCUGAGGGCGAGAACAUCGAUGGCGGUCUACUCUCUCAAGGCUGCUGCGCGACGCAUCGCAUCGCAGAAGGAGCAGGCCAAGAUCCCCAUCGCCAAGAUCGUCGCCACGCGCAAAGCCCUCUUUGCGCCCAUCCGAGAAUAUACCAAUCUGGGGUCUCAGGUGGGCGACACCCGCCCCGUCAGCCUCGUCCGCUUCUCCCCCAAUGCCAAGAUUCUGGCCACGGGCAGCUGGAGCGGCGGCGUACGCCUCUGGGACAUCCCCAGUGCACGCGAAAAGAUGUCGCUGAGGGGCCACAAUGACAAGGUCGGAGGGCUGGCGUGGCAUCCGCGCGCCACUGUGUCGCAGAGCAGCGCAGCGGUCAACCUGGCCACGGGAGCUGCAGAUGCCAAUGUGCUCCUCUGGAGCUUGGACAGCGACCGGCCCAUCUCGACACUUUCAGGUCACGAGGCGAGAGUGGCGAGAGUAGCCUUCCAUCCAUCGGGCGACUAUCUCGCCUCAGCCUCCUUCGAUGGCACCUGGCGACUGUGGGACUUUGCCACCGCCACAUCGCUUCUUCGGCAGGAGGGCCACUCGAAGGAGGUGUAUACGUGCGAGUUCCAGCCGGAUGGCGCGCUGCUAGCAUCUGGAGGCCUGGACGCCAUCGGACGCAUCUGGGACUGUCGCACGGGCCGGACGGCCAUGGUCCUCGACGGCCACGCGCGCGAGAUUCUGGCCCUGGACUGGAGCCCCAAUGGAUUCAACGUCGUCAGUGCGAGUGGCGAUGACACGGUGCGGGUGUGGGACCUGCGCAAUCUCAAGUGCCAGUACAUUAUCCCGGCACACAAGAGCAGCGUCGCCGAUGUCCGCUUCUUUCGUGCCCAUGACGAGCGCCUGGCGGAUCUGGGCAACGGCCAUACUGCCGCGCUCACGAAGGAAAGUGAUGGGACGAUGGAGCUGCCCAAGUCAGGUCUAUACCUGGCCACGGCGGGCUACGACGGCCUGGUCAAGAUCUGGAGCGCAGACGACUGGCAGCAUCUGCGCACACUCAGCGGCGACGCGGGAAAAGUCAUGAGUGUCGACGUCUCCUCCGACGGCCAGUACCUGGCCAGUGGCGAGUGGAACAGGACAUUCAAGCUCUGGGGCCGUCUCUAAGGCGGCUACAAUUACUCAAUCAUGUAUCAACACAAAACCCAACCCGCUUCAGGCUCAGAUGAGAUGAAAAAGGAGAGGGGCACAAUCAAGGGAUAAUCUGUACA